UGGCUGACAGGCGCUCCUCCCCCGACGGCGGUGGCUGGUGCCCAGGCGGACGGGCGGCCCUCACCUCGCGGCCGCGAGAGGCGCCAGGGCCGUACCGGGGGAUGGACGAAGGAAAGAUGGACGAGAAUGAAUGGCGGUACCACGGUGAGGGCAACAAGAGCCUGGUGGUGGCCCACGCGCAGCGUUGUGUCGUGUUGCGUUUCCUGAAGUUCCCUCCAAGCAGGAAGAAGACCUCAGAAGAAAUAUUUCAGCACCUACAGAACAUAGUGGACUUCAGCAAAAAUGUCAUGAAAGAGUUUUUGGGGGAGAACUAUGUCCACUGUGGGGAAGUGGUUCAGCUGCCUUUAGAUUUCGUGAAACGGCUUUGUCUAAAGAUACAGUCUGAGAGACCAGAAUCUCGCUGUGACAAGGACCUAGACACUCUCAGUGGCUAUGCCCUGUGCCUUCCAAACUUAGCCAGACUUCAGACCUACCGUUUUGCAGAGCACCGGCCAAUUCUGUGUGUGGAGAUCAAGCCCAAAUGUGGGUUUAUUCCUCUCUGCGGCGCCGUGACACAUGAGCUGAAGCACCGCAUAUGCCGCUACUGUAUGCACCAGCACCUCAAGGUGGCAACCGGGAAGUGGAAGCAGAUAAGCAAAUACUGUCCCCUCGACCUCUACUCAGGAAAUAAGCAGAGAAUGCACUUUGCCUUGAAGAGCCUGUUACGGGAAGCUCAGAACAACUUAAAGAUAUUUAAGAACGGGGAGCUGAUCUACGGCUGCGCGGACGCCCGCAGCCCCGUGGCGGACUGGAACGAGCUCGCGCACCACCUGAAGCCCUUCUUCUUCCCUUCCAACGGCCUGGCCGGCGGGCCCCACUGCACCAGGGCUGUGAUCCGGGAGCUGGUGCGGGUCAUCACGCGGGUGCUGCUGAGCGGCUCGGACAAGGGCCGGGCGGGUGCCCUGAGGCGGGGGCCUGCGCCAUGGGGACCUCGUGUCUGUGAAGCCAGCCCCUUUGGCAGGAGCCUGCACCGCCAAGGAAAAAACAGCCCGGAGUGCUCGGGGUUACCGAAGGGCUGUCUUCUGUACAAAACCCUCCAGGUGCAGAUGUUGGACCUGUUGGACAUCGAAGGCCUCUACCCUUUGUACCGGCGGGUCGAACGGUACCUGGAGGAGUUUCCUGAGGAGAGAAAAACGUUGCAAAUAGAUGGGCCUUAUGAUGAAGCGUUUUAUCAGAAGCUGCUUGAUCUUUCCACUGAGGACGAUGGGACAGUGGCCUUUGCUCUGACGAAGGUUCAGCAGUACCGGGUGGCCAUGACUGCGAAGGACUGCUCCAUCAUGAUCGCGCUCUCCCCCUGCCUGCAGGACACAAGCUCCGAGCAGAGGCCCGUUGUCCCUUCGUCGAGAUCCAGGUUUGCUUUCUCAGUGUCCGUGCUGGACCUCGACCUCAAGCCCUACGAGAGCAUUCCUCACCAGUACAAACUGGACGGCAAGAUAGUCAACUUCUACUCAAAGACUGUACACGCCAAAGACGCAGCCGUGAUGCCGACCAGGUACAAGGAGAGUGAGGACUGCACGUUAGUUCUCCAUAAGGUCUAGGCGCUUCCUGCGGGGUCUUCGAAACUUGAACACAGAAUGUGCAGGCUGAAUGAGAGAGCUGUUUUCUGUUGUGUUGGGUGACCAUUGGCUGUGAAUGUUUUUGCUUUUUAACCACCUGGCCAGGUGGGGCUGUGUCUGGGUGACCCCGCAUGGAAGGGCCGCAGAAACACCUUCAAGGACGAGGAGUGUCCGACCUGAGCGCUGCUGCGUGUGGUGUCCCCACACCUUCUGCUCUGGGCUGCUCCUCCUCCCCACCCAGGGCUGAUGUCUAAUCUCUGAUGUAAAAGCCUUAAGACCCAAGGUUUGGAUCUCCUGCUACCAGACGCUAACAUAGAAAACUUGAAUUGUCGCGUACAUCUUACAGUUUGGUCUUGAAAGGAAACAUGGAUACUACUGGAACUUUCCCAGCUGAGUUACGUGGUCGCUUUGUCCGUGCGAGCCCCCGGUCAGCACAGGCCUCGUGGGCUCUGCCGCACAGAGGGAUGGGGGGCUGGUGCGGAUGAGGGUCCUGAGCUGCGUGGACUUGAGGUCUCUGUGGAGGUGCCACGGCCACUGCUCUGCACAGGGUCUUCAGGGAGCAUGGGACUCAGGUCAGGGGUGGACACCACUCACGAGCGCUUUCUCUGACGUGAGGGGAGCCGAGGCGUUCCGUGCCGUGUGGCUGCCGCUGCGGCGCGGGAGCUGGGGCGGCUGCGCACCUCGCAUCCGGUGCUUCGGGGGAGCCGCCAGCUCUGCUCCUGCAGAGAUGAGCGACUCCUGGCUGGCACCGAGAGGGUUCUUGUUGGGGUCACCGUAGUGUGCCCGGCUGCUAAGAAGACUGUGGGGAAUCUUGGCUUUGGUUUUUUACUCUAUGGUGGGUUGUACAGAUUAUUUAUAUCAUCGUUUUGAGGGACUAAUGAAGGUUUAUUGUAACAUAAGAUUAUAAUAGCAAAACCACGGUAUUGUAUGAAAAUGCUAUGUGAAAAAUAAGAAUAUUUUGCUGAUUGUAAAUUUUUGUGGGGAA